AUGUGGGUUUCCAUCUACCGAUGUGGGGCCCGCGCGACUUUACCGCAGGCACAGAGAGGGAAAGAGGAUGAGGAAGGCUUUGAGGCGGAGGUGGUAAAAGUUAAAGAGGAUUAA